UUUUGUGAAAUUGACUUUUUGCGAAAAAUUGGUGUAACUUUGAGUGAUACAUAAUGUGUCAAAAUUUCAUGGCUAUAGCACGAUUGGUUAUUGAGAUAUUGAUCUGUGAUCAAACCACGUAAAUUAUAUCACAUAUUAAUGUUUGUGCAAAAAUCACGUAAAGCGAUAUAUGUUGUAACUACCAACGGUAUUGAAGUAUUUGUUCUAUGCAACAAACACUCCUUUAAAUUUACAAUUGUUUUGCAUUAAAUAUUUUUUCAAAAAUAGAAUAAGAAUAUUCUGCAUAAACCAAUUAGAUACAGACACACUCUUUUUGCACAGAACGUUUUCUUCAAGUGUAUUAAUUUCAGUUAUGCAAAAACAACGCAAAUAAAAAUAUACCACUUUUGCACAUAGAAACAGUUCAUGUUGUCAUAAGAAUCUUUUCUGCAUAAAUAAAGUAAAUAAAAAUACGUGCUUUUGCUUUGCAAAUUGAACAUCUGCUGUUCACCCCAUUCAGAACACAAACACAUUUAAUGAGUGUUAAUUGGUUUUACCAGAGAACAUGGUAAUACAAAGGACUCAUGUUCUAAGAUAAAACAAUGUAUCUGGAAUGUCUCAACAAUGUUUCCCAAACUUUCUUAUAUAUCAGUUUACAGAAUAACAAGUCUAAUGUACAUAGAUUUGUAAAAAGAAUUGCUGGGAUAACAAUUAAAAAGAUGAUAUCUGAUAGUGAAGAUGAGUUUUUCAAAUCACUGGACAUUGACAACAUUUCUAAUACAGUAAGAACUCGGGUAGAUGAUAUUAAAAUCGAUGAAAAUCUGAAAGGUUUGAUGGUCACCGGUACAAUAGUUAAUAAUGCAAUAUAUCAGACGAACAUUAGCAUGGUCGCUAAAAAUGACGCAGAGUAUGAACAAAAUGUUAUAAACUACUACAUUGCAACUUCUGAUUUAAGAUCCGUUGACAGUGAAGUACAUCCAACAAAUAAAAGCACGGUCGAUGAAAAGGCAACAGCUAUUGAUAACACAGCAGAUAUGGUAGAUGACAGUAAGGUAGUUGAAAUAGCGGAGGGACUGAUAGACAGUAUUUUUGUUGAAAACGACACAGAAAACGCUGCAGAUCAAACGGACCAUAGCAUGGUCAUAGAAAUUGAAGCAGAGUAUGGUCAAAGUAUUAUAAAUUAUUAUAUCAAGACUCAAAAUGCAAAAGAUAAGUGUUCUGUCGAUAAAAAUGCAGAAUAUCUGACGGAUAAUAUCACGAUUAUUGAAAACGAAGCAGACUAUCAGGGAAGAGUUAUAAGUUACUAUAUUGCCACCCAAGAUACUGAUUGUGACAAAAAUGUCAUAAAUGUUGCAUCGAGAAAGCAAUGUAAUGACGAUGACAUGUGCAGAGGCCAAUUACCUAAACCCAAACGAAAAAAUUGGCGCAAAAAGCCUACUCGCCUACUGGGUAUAUUGACAAUGAAAAUACUAAUGGAAGAAAGGACGACGUUGAUAGUGGAAGUGAAAGCGAAAAUAUUCCUCUCAGCCAUUUUGUUGGACUUGGAAAAAGAAAGUCGUAUGAAAAGGAUAGCUCUGAUAGUGACAGUGGGUUAG